AUGAAUAAGCUUUUCGUGCAAACGUUUAACCACUUCCAGAUGCUGCAGACCAGGGCAGAGGAAGAUACCAAAGUCCUGCGUAGGAGGGUUUGCACACCCUGGGCAGGUACCUGCCAGAGCCGCGGAGGCCUGUUGGCCCCGCGCAGCCUGGGAUGGGCCGGUGUGUCAUCCAGGCGGAGGUGGGGGGAAGAAGUGAGGGGGCGGGGACAGGAGAGGGAGAGGCUCAGCUUCUCUCGGGACACUUUACUGGACCGGCGGCGCGGCGAAGGUCUUCAGGACCUCCCUGACCAUCAUAGCAGGCGCAGCAGCAGCAGCAGCAAUAAUGGAAGCCCCACAGCCAACGGGUUCAAAGACCACAACAUCAGAAGCAUCUCAGGAGUCUUUGUGGAAGCUUCUGGCAAGACCAUGAGCCUGGCACAAGCUCUCCAGGACCACCUGAUCCAACCGGAUGUUGCCCUGGCCCUCCUGGAAGCCCAGGCAGCCACAGGUGGCAUCGUUGACCUGGAGGGCGAGCGCCUCCUCCCUGUGGCGGAGGCCCUGGCGGUGGGAUUGGCGGGGCUGGAAAUGAAGGAGAAGUUGCUGUGCGCAGAGCGGGCAGUGAUGGGUUUCCCUGACCCCUACACAGAGGAGAAGAUCUCCCUCUACCAAGCCAUCCAGAAAGAGCUGAUUGGAAGAAAGCUGGGCCUGCAUCUCCUGGAAGCCCAGAUAGCCACCGGAGGGGUCCUUGAGCCUGUCUCUGGCCAUCGCAUCUCUCUGCAAGAGGCCUAUGCACGGGGCUACUUGGACGAGGCCUUGGGUGGCUCCCUCUCUGACCCAGGCAACAAGGAGGCCCAGGGCUUCAGGGACCCUAAUACUGACCAGAGGGUCCCCUACGGAGAACUGAUGAGGAGGUGUGUUGCAGACCCAGCCAAAGGCCUGCUCUUGCUGCCUCUCAAGAUCUCUUUCCCUGGACUGAGAGGGGCCGUGACUAGCCGGGAGCUGCUGGAUUCUGGAGUCAUGGACUCUGCCACCUUUGAAGCCCUCCAGAAGGGGUAGGUGACUGUGCAGGAAGUGGCAGAGAUGGACGUGGUGCAGCAGUCCACGUCGGAGAUUGCCAGCAUCGCUGGAGUAGCCGUCCUUCCAACGAAUGAACGCAAGAGUCUUUACCAGGCCUUAGUGGAGCACCUCCUUCCUCCUGGCGUGGCUGAAAUUCUCAUGCAGGCUCAGGUGGCCUCGGGCUAUUUAAUUGACCCUAUAAAGAAUGCAAAAUUAACGGUGGCCGAGGGCUUCCGGGCAGGAGUUGUUGGGCCAGAGCUCUUUGGGAAAUUGACUGUAGCCGAGAGAGCUGUCACGGGAUACAAAGAUCCCUACACAGGGGAGACCAUCUCUUUGUUUCAAGCCAUGCAGAAACACCUGGUGCCCAGAAACCAAGGCCUUUUCCCUGCUGGAUGUCCAGCUGGCCACGGAGGCAUCAUUGACCCACAUGCCCAUCACCGGCUUCACAAGACGGCCCUGCAGAGGGGCCAUUUGGAUGAAGAGACGUACAAGCUGCUGUGCAAACCUACGAACGAGGCCCGCAGAUUCUUUGAGCCCAACUCAAAGGAAAAAGUGUCCUAUGGGGAACUGCUCUUGCGGGGCGUCUCUGCGGAUACCGGGCUCUGCCUCUUGCCCGUUCCUGGAGAUCACAAGAGGAGUCAGACCUUCAUUGACCACAAUACAAGCUGGCCCUGAAAAAACACCACGGUGUCUGUGGCUUCCGGGAGGUUCAAGAGAAGGCCCGUAUCCCUCUGGAAGCUCCUCUUCUCGGAAUACCUGACGGGAGAGCAGAGGAGAACUCUUACACAGCGAUUCUCCUCCGGGUCCCUCUCUGCUCAGCAGCUGGCUGACAAAAUCCGUCUCAUGGUGGAGCAAACCGUUGCCGAUCCCGAGUCACCUUUGAAGGCCUGAGGAAAAGGUACUCCUGCUCAGCUCCUGAGCUCUGAAAUCAUCAACAGAGACUUAUUUGAGAAGUUAACGCAGGGAGAGACCCUGGUCAAGGAGGUGACUAACAUGGCCACGGUGAAGAAGUACUUGGAAGGAACUGGCAGCAGUGGUGGGUUGCUCCUGCCUGACUCCCAGAGAGACCUGAGCAACGAAGCCAAGAGGAAGGGCUUCCUCCGCCCGGGAACGGCACGCAUCCUUCUGGAGGCUCAAGCGGCCACGGGACACAUCAUUGACCCCGUGGCCAAUCAGAGAUAUUCCGUGAGAGAGGCCUUGCGUGCAAACAUCAUAGGUCCAGAUGUGUAUAGCAAGUUGCUGGGCGUCUGAGAAAGCAGUGACUGCUAUAAGGAUCCUUAUACUGGGAAACAGAUCUCCCUUUUCCAGGCAAUGAAAAAAGAGCUCAUCAUCACCGACAUGCCAUCCUCCAUUCUGGAGGCCCAGAUUGCCACCGGUGGCAUCAUCGAUCCUGUCAACAGCCACCCUCCUGUGGAAGUGGCUUACACACGGUGCUAUUUUGAGAAAAUGAGCCUGAUCCUCUCAGAUCCCAGUGAUGACACCAAAGGCUUCUUUGAUCCCAACACGCAGGAGAACCUAACUUUAUGCAAGUUGAAGGAGAAUUGCCUUGUGGAACCCACCACAGGCCUCUGCCUCCUGCCACUCAACAGCAGAACCCAACCCCUGGAUGAUGCCACCACAGGCUUCAGGAGCUCCUGGCUCUUUGUCAAACACGGGCGCUUCAAGGACAAAGAGCUCCUUGUGGGAUCUGCGAACUCGGAGUACUUCAGUGAGGGAAAGAGAAAGGAAAUCUUCAACCACUACCGCCUCCAGAAGCUCACCCUGGAGCAGAUCUGCCUGACUUUGGAAGAGGAAAUGAAGAAAUGGCUUGCAUCCGGUUCCCAGCAAUCCGAGGGAAGUCGUGCUUACCACCUGCUGGAGAGAGGCAUCAUUGACCCCCUCUUGGAGCAGAUCCUAGAUGGAGCGGUGAGCCCAGAGGACGUGCUGCGCCUUGAUUCGGUCCGAAGGUACCUCUAUGGCACGGGAAGCAUAGGGGGAAUUCUGCUGCAGCCUUAUGAGAGGCUGAGCCUCUACGAAGUGAGAAGGAACAUGGUGGUGCCCGGAGUAGCCCUGCCGUUGCUGGAGGCCCCAGCAGCCACUGGAUUCCUCGUGGAUCCUGUGAGCAGCCAGAAACUUGCCUGGAUGAUGCAGUGAAGAAAGGCCUGGUUGGCCCCUGAGCUUUAUGAGGUCUUGCAACAGUCGGAAGAAGCCGUCACAGGCUACAGGGACCCCUUCACCGGCAAGGUCGUCUCCCUCUUCCAAGCAAUGAAGAAAGGCCUUUUGGCAGACAGGAAAGCCAGGCAGCUGAUGGAUGCCCAGCUGGCUACUGGGGGGGUCAUUGAUCCACACAGCGGCCACUAUGUCCCCAUAGAAUUUGCCCAGAGAAAUGGCUACCUGGAUGAGGAGUUUAGGAAAACCCUUUCCAACCCGGACAGCAACUCCAAGGCUUUCAGCAUGCUGGACAGGAAAAGGGUCAGCUACAGCCAGUUGAUGGACCAGUGUCUGGAGGAGCAUUCAGGCAUUCGCCUCUUGCCUCUGGCACAAACAACGUCUGCUGGCUCCACCGAAGAGCAGACCCAGCAGCGCCUUCAGGAGACCCUCGUUGAGGACAAGGGGGUCUCUCUCUGGGACCUCCUGAGUUCCGGUUACUUCACUGAGGAGCAGAAGUCAGACUUUUUGGAGAAGUACAGCUCUGGAGCAGUUUCCCUCCGCCAGCUGGUCAGCCUGGUCCAGGAGCUUAUUAAUGACAUAGACAUGAAAGCUAAGACGCAGGUCACUUUACAAGGCCUGAGAGGAGUGGUGCCAGCCGUCUGGCUCGUAGAUGCAGGCAUCAUUUCAGAAAAGGUGUUUGCUGAGCUGGCCCAAGGCAAGGAUCCUCCCAGAGAAGUGUCCGAGAUGGAAAGCGUCAAGUCGUACUUGCAGGGCACAGGAAGCAUUGCUGGAGUUUUCCUUCAGUCCUCCAAGAAAAAUGGGCAUUUACCAAGCUAUGCGGGGAAAGGCUUCUCCUGCCACGGAUGGCGGCAACAACUGCUCAGCACCCAGGCAGCCACUGGCUCCAUCGUGGACGUGUCUAAUCGGAGGUUUGCCGACGUUGAGGAUGCCAUCAAAAGUGCAUUUGGAGAAGAGCUGAUGGAAGAGUUGCUGCAAGCCGAAGAGGGCAGUGACUGGCUUCCCUGACCCUACUCGGGGAAACCAAUCUCGGUGUGCCAGGCUAUUAGAAGGAGCUCCUCACCUGCCAGCGUGGGCAUCCCCAUGCUUCAGGCUCAGCUGGCCACCGGAGGAAUCAGACCUGUUCAUUGCCACCACCUGCCACCUCCAGUGGCCUUCAAGCACGGUUUGAUUGACGAAGAAAUGCAGAUGGCCCUUUCUCAGGACAGCAAGGAGAUCCAGGUUUUCUUUGACCCGAAUACCCAGGAGAGCCUGACCUAUCAGCGUCUGAAGGACAGGUGCAUCCAGGAUCCUGAGUCAGGUCUGGCUUCUCCCACUGUCUGAAGAGGCAGCUUUUAUGGAGACCAGCAAGCCGUGGAAGUGCUAAACUCUUUCCUUGUCUCGGUCAGCACUGGGAGGUUUAAGGGGCAAGAGUUUCUCUCUGGUUGCUUGCUUCACUCAGAGUACAUCCCAGAUACCAAGCGGAGGGAGCUGGUGCUGAGAUACAAAGGUGCACACGAGGAGCUUCUUCAGGAAAUGGCAUCGUCCAUCAAGAAUGUCAUCGAAGAGACAGAGCAACAAGGCAAGAGGUUCACCUUCAAAGGCCUAAGGAAGGUGUCAGCCAACGACCUCUUCCAGUCCCAGCUGAUAGACAUGACGACCCUGGACGAACUCAGGCAGGGGAAGACAACUGUCCAGGAAGUCAGCGAGAUGGAUUCCGUCAAGUGCUUCCUGGAGGGGUGCAACUUCAUUGCAGGGGUCCUCAUAGAACCGGAUCAUGAAAAAAUGAGCCUCUAUCAAGCCAUGAGGCGAGGUCUGCUGAGACCAGGGGCAGCUCUGGUCCUACUGGAGGCCCAGGCAGCCACAGGGUACCUCAUUGACCCUGUGAAAAACAAGAAGCUCUCUGUGGACGAAGCCAUGACAGCAGGGCUGAUUGGAAAAGAAAUUCAUGGGAAGCUGCUGAGUGCAGAAAAAGCCGUCACUGGAUACACGGAUCCUUACACCAACGGGCAGAUCUCCCUCUUCGAGGCCAUGAAUCAGGAGCUGAUUGUGAGGAGCCAUGGCAUCCGCCUGCUGGAGGCGCAGAUUGCUACGGGGGGCAUCAUUGACCCCGUGCACAGCCACCGCAUCCCCGUGGAGGUUGCAUAUAAGCGAGGCUACUUUGAUGAAGACCUGAACCGCAUCCUUUUGGACCCCACGGAUGAUACCAAAGGAUUCUUUGACCCCAAUACUCACGAGAACCUCACUUACCUUCAGCUUCUCGAACGCUGCAUCCAAGAUUCAGAAACUGGGCUGUACAUGCUGCAGAUUGUCAGAAGAGGGGAAGCCUACUUCUACAUUGACGAAGCAACAAAAGAAUUUUUGAGAAUGCAGACUAUGCGUGUACAGGUCGGUCGGUAUAAAGGCCAAGCGGUCUCUCUGUGGAGCCUCCUCUGUUCCCCAUACAUCCAUGAACAGAAGAGGAAAGAUCUGGUCAGGCAGUACAAGGGUGAGAAGCUCAGUUUGCCGCAGCUCUGCAGAACCAUUGCCGCCAUCGUGGAGGAAACGGAGCGGGCAACCCAGGAGCUGAAGCUGAAGGGGCUGCGGGGGCAAGAGGUCUCUGCUGCAGAGCUCUUCAAUGCAGAAAUCCUUGACAAGGCGACUGUGGACCGGCUGCACCAGAAGACCCUUCCGCUGCAGCAGCUUGCCCAGAGGGACACCGUGAAGCGCUACCUGGAGGGGACAGGCUGCAUUGCAGGUGUCUUGGUAGCCGGGGAGAAGCUGCUUGCCUAUGAGGCCAAAAGAGGCUUUCUCUCCCCAGAACACGCUCUGCCGUUACUAGAAGUGCAAGCUGCCACAGGGCUCCUGACUGACCUGCUGGGGAAGAAGUCCCUCUCAGUUGACCAGGCCGUCUCUCUUGGGCUGGUUGGGGAAGAGUUCCACAAGGCGCUCCUCCUUGCUGAGAAAGCCGUUACUGGACACACCGACCCCUCCACAGGAGACAAGGUCUCCCUUUUCCAAGCCAUGCAAAGUAAACUGGUAGAGAAAGCCUAUGCCCUCCGGCUGCUGGAGGCGCAGAUGGACGGGGGCAUCAUUGACCCCAUGCACAGUCACCGCCUCCCUGUGGAGGUGGCUUGCAGGCGGGGCUGCUUGGAUGAAGAAACCUGCAUCCUGCUUUCUGAUGAGGGGCUUGUUCCCAAAGGAUUUGUAGAUCCCAACACCCAGGAAAAGAUUACCUACGCUCAGCUCCUGCUCAGGUGCACCAAAGAUUCAAAGACAGGGGCAUACCUGCUGCCGUUAUUAGAGAAGAGAGAGUAUAUAUUUGUGGAUGAAAAAACGAGGCGUGUCCUCUCAUCUUGCAAAAUAAACGUAGGUCUUGGGAAAUACAAAGGACAUUUCAUUUCCCUUUGGGAACUCCUUUCUUCUGACUACAUUACAAAAGAAAAGCAGAAAGAAAUGAUUAAAAAUAUCAGGGGGGUGUUGAAAUUCUGAAGUCUAUUGCCAAGGCAAAUACUGAAGAUAAUAGAGGAAAGAGAAGACCACAGAAAAGCAUAUGGUUCCAGACUACGGCGGAAAGUCACAGCUUCCGAACUACAAAAGGCAGACAGCAUUAAUGAAGAAAACGUUGAACAAUUUGGAAGCAGGAAAGAGAGAGCGCAGGAUGUCGAGAUGGAUUCAGUGAAGAGGUACCUGGAAGGCAACAGCUAUGCUGGAGUGCUGGUGCCGUCCAGGCAGACCCUUCCAAGUCAGAGAAGAUGACAUCUACCAGGCCAUGGGAAAGGCAUUCUGAGGCCAGGCACGGCCCUGGUGUUGCUGGAGGCACAGGCCGCCACGGGCUUCAUCAUUAACCCAUUAAGCAAUGAGAGACUUUCUGUAGAUCAGGCAAUUGAAGCUGGGGUGGUAGGAGAAGAAAUACAGAAAAAGUACUUAUGCAGAGAGACGAAAGGUUACAAGGAUCCAAACACAGGAAAAACUAUUUCACUCUUCCAAGCAAAAAAGGAAUUAAUCUUAAAAGAGCAUGUCCGCCUGCUGGAAGCCCAGAUUGCCACGGGGGGCAUCAUUGAUCCUGACAGUCACCGCCUCCCCGUGGAAGUAGCGUACAAGCGGGGCUACUUUGAUGAGGAAUGAACCGGAUCCUCUCUGAUCCCACCGACAACCAAGGGCUUCUUUGACCCAAACACACACGAAAACCUCACUUACCUGCAGCUUCUGCAGCGGUGCCUGCCCGACCCAGAAACUGGUUUGCUGCUGCUCCACAUCAUGGACAAGGGCUGCUUCUCCUCUUCCCUCAACGAGAACACCAGGAAGGCUUUGCAGGCGGCCAAGACCCAGAUCGGCGUGGGGCUGUUCCGGGACCAAGUGGUUUCUGUAUGGGACCUCCUCUUCUCCAGAUACAUCCUUCCGUCCAAGAGGCAGGACUUGCUGAGGCAGCACAAAGCAGCCAUGACACUUGAGCGCCUCACCCAAGUCCUCAUCGCCAUAAUCACCGAGGCAGAGGAAAAGAGUGCCAGUACAUCCCUGUGGAGAAAAGGAGGAGCUUCUACAACUGUACCGGUCGGGCUCCUCACCAUUGACCAGAUGGAGACCGUGGUCACCGCCAUCGUCAAUAGACAGAGGACAUGAAAAAGAGGAGAACCGUCCCACGCUCCCGUGUCUCCUGUCCUGGAGGGUCUCUUGCGUAACCAGACCGUGACCCUGCAGGUUGGCGAGACAGGGCUUUUCCCCAGGAGAGGAAGCCACACUUCCCUCCAACACAACGAACUGGAAUGCACCUUGGCGACAGGUGACCAAGACGUGCCUGUGGGUGAGUUUCAAGUCCAGCGAUCUGCGUGGGAGCUCCUCUUCUCCAAGUACGUGACUGCGGCCAAGCGCCAGGAGCUGCUGCAGAAAUACCAAGAGAGGUCUGUGGCCCCAGUAGAGCUGGUCCAAAUUCUCACCAACCUGCUGGAAGAGUAUGGAAGACAAGGGAAACCAGCCGAGGUUCUCGGGGCUGAGGAAGCAGGUGCGGCCUCAGAACUGUUUGACUCCCGCAUCACAACCAAGCCAACGCUCUCCGAGUUCACGCAAGGCACCAAGACGGUGGAAGAGGUCAGCGAGAUGGAUUCAGUGAAGAGGUACCUGGAAGGCAACAGCUGCAUCGCUGGAGUGCUGGUUCCAUCCAGGGCAGACCCUUCCAAGUCAGAGAAGAUGACCAUCUACCAGGCCACGUGGAACGGCAUUCUGAGGCCAGGCACGGCCCUGGUGUUGUGCUGGAGGCAACAGGCCGCCACGGGCUUCAUCACAGACGACCCCCCUGGGGAAUCAGAACUCUCCGUCGAUGACGCUGUCUCUGUUGAACGUGGGGCCGAGCUGCAGGAGAAGCUUCGCUCUGCAGAGAGGGCUGUGACUGGAUAUAAGGACCCCUAUACGGGAAACAAGCUCUCCCUCUUCCAGGCCAUGAAGAAAGGUCUCAUAGUCAAAGAGCAUGGGAUCCGCCUGCUGGAAGCCCAGAUUGCCACGGGGGGCAUCAUUGAUCCUGUGCACAGUCACCGCCUCCCCGUGGAAGUAGCGUACAAGCGGGGCUACUUUGAUGAGGAAAUGAACCGGAUCCUCUCUGAUCCCACCGACGACACCAAGGGCUUCUUUGACCCAAACACACACGAAAACCUCACUUACCUGCAGCUUCUGCAGCGGUGCCUGCCCGACCCAGAAACUGGUUUGCUGCUGCUCCACAUCAUGGACAAGGGCUGCUUCUCCCUUUCCCUCAACGAGAACACCAGGAAGGCUUUGCAGGCGGCCAAGACCCAGAUCGGCGUGGGGCUUUUCCGGGACCAAGUGGUUUCUGUAUGGGACCUCCUCUUCUCCAGAUACAUCCUUCCGUCUCAAGAGAGGACGUUGCUGAGGCAGCACAAAGCAGGCACCAUGACACUUGAGCGCCUCACCCAAGUCCUCAUCGCCAUAAUCACCGAGGCAGAGAAAAGAGUGCCAGGAGGCCCAUCGGUCACAAAGAAGCUCCCAACCAACCAACCAUGACAGCAGAUGAUGCCACGGAUCAACCACCACUUGGAGAGCCCUGGAUGAAGACCCCUCGAGUCAACGACCGUGGAUAUGCCUGCAGGCAACUGCCAACGGGCAGGGGUCACCCUCUGGGACCUGCUCUUCUCAAACAACAUUUCCGAGGAGAAGAGGACAGAGUUUACUGGACUUGUUCAAAAGUGGGCUGCUGUCAACGGAGCGGGCUCAGCUGUCGUCCUCCACGCCUUGGUUGCCAAAAAGGGAAGCCACUGGCAGGAGAGCUCGUGUGAAGAAAGGAAGGAGCUUCUACAACUGUACCGGUCGGGCAUCCUCACCAUUGACCAGAUGGAGACCGUGGUCACCGCCAUCGUCAAUAAGACAGAGGACAGUGAAAAGAGAGAACCGUCCCACACUCCCGUGUCUCCUGGCUCCUGGGAGGGUCUCUUGCGUAACAGGACCGUGACCCUGCAGGUUGGCGAGUUCCAAGGACAGAGGAUCUCCGUCUGGGAACUCCUCUUCUCCCAAAGCAUUCCAGAAAGCCAAAGAGAGGAGCUGCUGAUGAAAUACCGAUUGGGAUCCUUGACCAUUCAGGAAAUGAUCAGCACCCUGGUCUCGCUUCACGCCAAGGACAGGCUUUUUCCCCAGGAGAGGAAGCCACACUUCCCUCCCAACACAACGAACUGGAAUGCACACUUGCGACAGGUGACCAUAGACGUGCCUGUGGGUGAGUUUCAAGGCUCCAGGCGAUCUGCGUGGGAGCUCCUCUUCUCCAAGUACGUGACUGCGGCCAAGCGCCAGGGAGCUGCUGCAGAAAUACCAGAGAGGUCUGUGGCCCCAGGAGAGCUGGUCCAAAUUCUCACCAACCUGCUGGAAGAGAUGGAAGACAAGGGAAACCAGCCGAGGUUCUCGGGGCUGAGGAAGCAGGUGUCCGCCUCAGAACUGUUUGACUCCCACAUCAUCAACCAAGCCACGCUCUCCGAGUUCACGCAAGGCACCAAGACGGUGGAAGAGGUCAGCGAGAUGGAUUCAGUGAAGAGGUACCUGGGCAACAGCUGCAUCGCUGGAGUGCUGGUGCCAUCCAGGACAGACCCUUCCAAGUCAGAGAAGAUGACCAUCUACCAGGCCACGUGGAAAGGCAUUCUGAGGCCAGGCACGGCCCUGGUGUUGCUGGAGGCACAGGCCGCCACGGGCUUCAUCACCGACCUGGGGAAUCAGAACUCUCCCGUCGAUGACGCUGUCUCUGUUGAACGUGGGGCCGAGCUGCAGGAGAAGCUUCGCUCUGCAGAGAGGGCUGUGACUGGAUAUAGACCCUAUACGGGAAACAAGCUCUCCCUCUUCCAGGCCAUGAAGAAAGGUCUCAUAGUCAAAGAGCAUGGGAUCCGCCUGCUGGAAGCCCAGAUUGCCACGGGGGGCAUCAUUGAUCCUGUGCACAGUCACCGCCUCCCCGUGGAAGUAGCGUACAAGCGGGGCUACUUUGAUGAGGAAAUGAACCGGAUCCUCUCUGAUCCCACCGACGACACCAAGGGCUUUGACCCAAACACACACGAAAACCUCACUUACCUGCAGCUUCUGCAGCGGUGCCUGCCCGACCCAGAAACUGGUUUGCUGCUGCUCCACAUCAUGGACAAGGGCUGCUUCUCCUCUUCCCUCAACGAGAACACCAGGAAGGCUUUGCAGGCGGCCAAGACCCAGAUCGGCGUGGGGCUGUUCCGGGACCAAGUGGUUUCUGUAUGGGACCUCCUCUUCUCCAGAUACAUCCUUCCGUCCAAGAGGCAGGACUUGCUGAGGCAGCACAAAGCAGGCACCAUGACACUUGAGCGCCUCACCCAAGUCCUCAUCGCCAUAAUCACGAGGCAGAGGAAAGAGUUCCAGGCCAUCGGUCACAAAGAAGCUCCCAACAACCCCAUGACAGCAGAUGAUGCCACGGAUCAACCACCACUUGGAGAGCCCUGGAUGAAGACCCUCGUCACGACCGUGGAUAUGCCUGCAGGCAACUGCCAAGGGCAGAGGGUCACCCUCUGGGACCUGCUCUUCUCAAACAACAUUUCCGAGGAGAAGAGGACAGAGUUACUGGACUUGUUCAAAAGUGGGCUGCUGUACGAGCGGCUCAGCAUCGUCCUCCACGCCUUGGUUGCCAAAAAGGAAGCCACUGGCAGGAAGCUCGAUGUGAAGGUGAGGAGCCCAGAUCAAGAGGCGGCGGCAGAUCCCCGGGCUCUCAGGGAUUCCUCCUUAGACCUGGCAAACUGGGAAAGCGCCCUGCGCUCUCAGCUCCUGCCCGCACCUUCCGCUGACCAAGAGUUCUCCGCUUGGGACAUCCUGUUCUCCGAGCGCUUCACAGAGCACGAACGGGAAGAGCUUCUGAGCAGAUACAGGAGGGGCAGCCUCCCCCUUGAGGAGCUCACAAAGAUUCUCACCGACCGCCUUCCCAGAGCCACAAGCAGCGAACGUCAUCUUCCCACAGACUUCCACACAUCCAGCUCAAGUGCCGAGGCCGAAGACACCAGAGAAGGGGGGGAAGGGGAUCCUGCCGACCUGCGGAAAGAGGAGGCUCUGAAGUCCCGGAAGGUGGAGGUCACGGCUGCGGCGUUUCACGGGCGUAAAGUGUCGGUGUGGGAGGUACUUCAUUCCAAGUACAUCCCUGUGGAGAAAAGGAAGGAGCUUCUACAACUGUACCGAUCGGGCAUCCUCACCAUUGACCAGAUGGAGACCGUGGUCACCGCCAUCGUCAAUAAGACAGAGGACAUGAAAUCAGGAAAUCAGCAUCCUUCACAGUAUGACCUUUUUCAGUACACAUUGGAGUUGGAGGACAUCAAUGACAUUAUCCGUAAUAUCCAGGACCAGAGAACAUCCACCUGGGAUCCUUUCUUUUUCAGGUGUGUGUCUAAGACCAGUGAGGAAAUGAGUCACCUCAAAUCUCGAGAAUUGGCAGGUAGUGUCCCUGCAGAUGGCAAGGUGAUGUCUACUGCGGUUACACAAAUGGGGACCUCAAGCGAUGGGGCAUCCGUCUUUUGUGAGCCUUCACUAGGAAACAUUUCCUUUCCCCAAGCCUCUGAGGAGCCUUUGGUAGAAAGCACAUUUCACUCACAGAGUGAUUUAAAGUCUCGAUUGUUAAAUUUCCCAGUUGCUGAGUUCCAUGGAAAAGAAGCCUCAUUGUGGGAUCUGCUGCAUUCUCAGUACAUUUCCCACGAGAAAAGGAAGGAGCUGCUGCAGCUCUAUCAAUUGGGCGAUCUCACCCUUGAUCAGAUGGAAUCGGCGGUGAUCGGCAUCAUCCACCCAGAGGAGGGGGGGGAAGAGUGGCCGAGCAGAGGCUGGUCAACCAGCGGCAGCCCCGAUUCCACAGCAGCAGCUGACAGUGCGUCCCGGGCUCAGCAGCUGCAAUUGAAGAAGACGUUGAGGACCACUCUGGUCCCUGUGACGGUGGGAGAAUAUAAGGGGCAACGCAUAUGUGUUCUGGAGCUCCUCUUUUCUAGAUACGUCCCUCAGGAUAAAAGGCAGGAGCUCCUUGAACUAUACAGGGCGGGGACUUUACUCAUCGAGGACUUGAUAAGCACAAUCACUGGCCUGCUGGAAGAGGCGGAACGCCAGCAGGAGAAGCCAGAAACCAAGAAAAGGGCUGUGCGCCGAGCCGGCCGAGCAGGGAAGCCGUCGAGCCGCCGUCGGAGCAGCAGCAGAACAGAAACCAGCCGCCCGGAGCAGCCUUUGCAGACCCAUCUGCCACCGCCUGCCCUCGCCCGUCCCCAGAGACAGCGUGAUAUCUGCAUCCAGGUCCAAGUGAUGCCAGGAGACAAGCGCUCUGCCUCGGGGUGUCCAGAGGGAGCCCCCAUCGUGCAAGUCCGUGAAGAAGCCCACUGGCCCUUUCCUAACCUGAUGGAUCCCCGGGAGGAUCAGGUCAUCGCGGGCAUCCUGAAGGAGCCUGGCCGGGAGCAGCUGAGCAUCCGACAAGCCAUGCACCGGGGCCUCCUCACGCAUGGAACAGGCCUGGCCCUGCUGGAGCACCAGGCCGCCUCUGGCUACAUCGUGGACUGUGCCAAGAACCGGCUGCUCUCGGUGAGAGAUGCGAAGAACGCGGGUCUGCUGGACCGGGACCACUUCAACACGCUCCUGAUUGCCGAGAAAGCCGUGACCGGCUACACGGAUCCCUUCUCAGGGAACAAAAUCUCCCUCUUCCAGGCCAUGAGGAAAGGCCUCCUGAUCAAGGACCACGGCAUCCGCCUGCUGGAAGCCCAGGUGGCCACGGGGGGGCUCAUCCACCCCAUGCACAGCCACCGCCUCCCUGUGGAAGUGGCCUACAAGUGGGGGUACCUGGAUGCUGAGAUUUUCCACCUGAUCUCCAAUCCCGCCAACCACACCAAGAGGUGCUUUGACCCCAAUGCCCGUGAGAACCUCACCUACCUGCAGCUCCUGCCCCGCUGCAUCCUUGACUCGGACACUGGGCUGCUGAUGUUCCAGGUGAUGGAUAAGGGGUGCGUCCACCUGGACGAGAACGCACGGAAGUCCUUAAAGUCUGCCACCGUGAAGGUCCAGGUGGGGAUUUUCCAGGGCCAGGAAGUCUCCUUGUGGGACCUUCUCUUCUCCAGGUACAUCCUCCAGAGCAAGCGGAAGGAGCUCCUGAAGCAGUUCAAAUCUGGCUCCGUGACCCUUCCGGAGAUGACGCAGAUGCUCACCUCCAUCAUUGACGAGGCGGAGACGAAAAGCAAGUCGAAGCCCAUCCAAAUGAUGCUUCUGUGCGAGAGAGACAAAAGCCGCUGCAGCUCUGAGAGGGAGAUCAUAGAAAAGAUCCUGAAGUCCAGGGUGGUCAUGAUGCCGGCUGGGGAGUUCGCUGGACACAAGAUCUCCGUGUGGGACCUCCUCCAUUCCAAGUACAUCCCUAAAGGGAAGAAGAAGGAACUCCUGAAGCUGUUUGCAACCGGCGUCCUCACGGUGGACCAGAUGGAAGUGGUGGUUACUGCCAUUGUGGCCAAAGUGGAGGAAGAGAAGGCCAAAAUGUUGGGUGCAGUCCAGGAGGACGAGAGUCGGUGUGAGUCCCACGACACCCAAGUGCAGCAAUCCUUAAAGCUGAUCCAGAUCCCGGUAACCUCCGGCCAAUUCAAAGGACAAAACAUGUCUGUGCUAGAUCUCCUCUUCUCUAAAUAUUUUUCCCGUGAGAAAAGGCAGGAGCUGCUGGAGCUCUAUGGGUCAGGGGUGCUGAGCCCCAAGCAGAUGGUGGAAGCCGUGAGGAGCACCCUGGAGAAAGUUGAGGCCAGCAGGAAGAGGUUCAUGGUGAGGAUUAAGGGUCGGAGCCAGGAAGCCUCAGGGAGCAAGCAGGUGGCGGCAGCUUCCAGCUCCUCCUCCGCCUCCCAGGAGGCCGAUGACUUGCUGAAGGCCAAGACGGUCAUCAUCCCUGCGGGAGAGUUCCAGGGGCAGCAGAUGUCUGUGUGGGACCUUCUCUCCUCUCAGUACAUCACGAGAGACAAAGGGGAGGAGCUGCUGAGGAAGUACAGGGAAGGAACCUUCACCGUGCAGGAGAUGGCCUCCACGCUCACCAUCCUGGCAUCACUGCACGACCUCUUCUCUACCCUGGAGAAAACCCCUUCCAGAACUGGCACAAAGGCUUCAGCCCGAGGCUCGCUUGGCCCUCCCACGGUGUCGUUUGAGGGAGAAGAGGAGGAGGACGAGGACGAGGAGGACGAGGAAGACAAUGACGAUGAGGACAGUGGUGAUGAGGACCAGAAGAAGAAGGAUAAGGUCUUGAAAUCGAGAAUGGUGGAGGUCCCUGUGGGGGAAUUCGCUGGGCAGAAGGUCUCUCUCUGGAAAUUGCUCCACUCCAGGUACUUCCCAGAGAAGAAGAGGAAGGAAGUCCUGAAGCUGUACAGGAUCGGGAUUCUCUCAGCUGACCAAAUGGAAACCAUCGUCACAACGGUGGUAACCAAACUUUGUGAAGAAAAGAUUAAAGAAGACCGGCACGGAAGCAGCCCUCCCGGCCACCGCCUGAAGGAAACCGGGGUGGCCGAGGUCUCCGCCGAGAGGCUCAGGGAGAGGACCAUGGAAAGUCUGACCUUUGAGUUUCCCGUGGGGGAGUUCCAAGGCCGGAGGGUGACCGUGUGGGACCUGCUCUUCUCCAACUACGUCCCGGACGCCAAGCGGCAGGAGCUCCUGACCAAAUAUGCCAUAGGGGCGCUGAACAACCAGGAUCUGCUGGCUGCCCUCACUGCCCUCAUCACAGAGGCCCACAGCCAGAGGAAUAUGCUCAGCAUCCCGCCCCUCUUCCCCCUGCUGCCCCGGGAGGCUUCGUACAUGAUGUUUGGGCCCCCCAGGGCCUCCAUGCAAGACCUCCUGGGGCCUCAGGAACAAGAAGCCCAGAACAACGGAAAGGUGACCUACAGCGAGGUCACAAUGACCACCACGGUGGUUCAAGGAGCCGAGCAAAAGCCGGAAUGAGCACUGGGCAGAUCCCCGAGCACAGAGUUUUACUUCCACU